CUCUCCUUCCUCGCCAGUCAUCAGUCAGCCGGCUGCACACCGCAUUGACGCUGCUCCGUCCCUGCACCCGACUCCCGACACUGGAUCUUGCCGGGAUUGUGUGCAUUUUCCUUUUUUUUUCAACACCGGAGAUAUGCAACACAAGCGGUCCUCUGUGAUGCAGAUUCGGAUGGACGUCCCAAGUUGAGGGAGCGAGGCUUCGGCGCCGUCUCCGACAUGGGUGUUGACUGACCGGGGGUGGAGGGGGGGGUGAGCUGCAGAGGACACGAAGGUGUUUUUGUAGUACUCGGACAAGGAUGCAGGUGCUGUGCUUGGUGGCGCUACUAGCCCAUGCGUGCGCGUGUUUGUCGGCGAGGAACAACGCGUGGGUUGGAGAGGACUCGAACAGGAGGGAGAGCCAGCAAAACAAAGCCACAGGUGCAAUCAUCCACUCCAGGCGCUUUGCACACUUGAACAGGACGGCGACACCCGCCUCCCACUGGGAGCCGCCGCGCUUCCACCAUAACAAGUGGACAAAGUUGGCGAGUGCCGGCGGGCGCCACAAGGGGGCCGCGGGCAGAGGAGGGGACCCGGCGGAGGGAGACCGCCACCGGAGGGGCACAAAGGAGGAGAAAGCGUGGAAGAGGGGGAGAACCCGCCUGAACAAAAGCCCGGAGUCCCUUCCGUCGCCAUGGGAACCCAUCCCCAAGCCGGUGGCGCUGACGUCCACCGACGCGCCCUUUGACCUCCUCACCCGGAGGCCCGAGUUCUUCACCUUCCGCGAGGAGAACCCGUGGGACGCCACGCCCAUCACGCCGCCCGGCCCGCAGGACUUCGGCGGGGACGAGCUGAAGAACCCCUUCUACCCGGUGACGGGCGAGACCUACGGCGCCUACGCCAUCACCGCCACGUCGGGCUUGAUCUUCCUGGUGGGGCUGGCGGGCAACGUGGCCAUCCUGUGCAUCGUGUGCCAGAACUACUACAUGAAGAGCAUCUCCAACUCGCUGCUGGCCAACCUGGCCGUGUGGGACUUUGCCCUCAUCCUCUUCUGCCUGCCCAUGGUGGUCUUCCACCAGCUGACCAAGUCCUGGCUGCUGGGGGAGUUCACCUGCAGAGUGGUGCCCUACAUGGAGGUGGCAUCCCUGGGCGUGACCACCUUCACCCUGUGCGCCCUCUGCAUCGACCGCUUCCGUGCGGCCACCAACGUGCAGAUGUACUACGAGAUGAUUGAAAACUGCACCUCUACCACCGCCAAGCUGGCCGUCAUCUGGAUCGGGGCCCUCCUGUUGGCGCUACCCGAGCUGCUGAUCCGUCAGCUGGUGGUGGAAGAAGCCGAGAUCCCGGAUGAGCCCACGGUGGAGCGAUGCAUCAUCCGGAUAUCCACGUCCCUCCCGGACAUGCUCUACGUGUUGGGUUUGACCUACGAGGGCGCCCGGCUGUGGUGGUGCUUCGGUUGCUACUUCUGCCUGCCAACCCUUUUCACCAUCGGGUGCUCUCUGGUGACGGCGAGAAAGAUCCGGCAGGCCGAGCAGGCCAGCGUGCGCAGCAACAAGAAGCAGAUCCGCCUGGAGAGCCAGAUGAACUGCACGGUGGUGGCGCUGGCCAUCGUCUACGGCGCCUGCGUGGUGCCCGAGAACAUCUGCAACAUCGUGUCCGUGUACAUGGCGGCCGGCGUCCCUGAACACACAAUGUCCGUGCUACACCUGCUCUCCCAGCUGCUGCUGUUCUGCCGGGCCGCCGUCACGCCCGUGCUGCUCCUCCUCCUGUGUCGCCCCUUGGGCAGGGCCUUCCUGGACUGCUGCUGUUGCUGCUGCUGCAGCCGCACGCCCUCGUCCACCACAGCCAGCGACGAUAACGAACACGAGUGCACCACCGAGCUGGAGCUAUCGCCCUUCAGCACCAUUCGCCGCGAGAUGAGCAACUACACGCCAGCCGGGUCCAACUGCUGAGCUGGUGGUCCGUCUACCUUACUCGGUCUACUCACAUAUCCAAGCGGGUGCAUGAAGGACAAGGUUUUAGGGUUCUGACCACCACCGCCCAGACAAAAGGAAGUUUGCGUCUUGUCGUUUGCUAGUUAGCAGGAAAUCAACCGUUUUCAACCACAGAGACCUACUGCAUUCAAACACUAGAGUGAUCUGCUGUUCUUAUGGAUCGACACCAAAAAACCUUGGUCAAAGAUCUUCUAUAUGACAGGAGUACGCUGCUAAUUCAAAGGAUCGCCUGCAAAAAUGCAAAGCAUAGAUUAUCCGUAUGUCAAUAGAAGUCUGGUGUUAUUAGAAAUCUACUGCAAAGGAUCAACCUCAAAAACCUUAGUCAAGGAUAUUCUAUAUGGCUGUUGUUAUUUUUAGGGAUCAACUGAAAAUUUGCCACUCCAAAUACUCUUAAAGAAGGUUGUGCUUUACGGUUUUUAAGAAUUGACUGCAAAAACAUCAGUCAAGAUCUCCUAUAGAACAGGAGUGCCCUACUUUUAAAGAAUUACAGCAAAAACAGUAGUGGAAGAGCUUCAACUUGACUGGAGUGCCCUGCUGUUUUUAAGGAUCUACUGCAAAAAUGCAAGUCAUAGAUUCUCUGUAUGUCAAGAGAAGUCUACUGUUGUUAAAAAUCUACUGCAAAAAUUACAAGUCAAAGAUCAACCUCAAAAACCUUAGUCAAUGAUCUUGACUUAGGUUUGUUAUUUUUAGGGAUUGACUGAAAAUGUGCUAGUCCAAAUACUCUUAAAGACGGUUGUGCUAGGAUGUUUUCAAGAAAUGACUGCAAAAAUGUCAGUUAAGAUCUCCUAUAGAACAAGAGUGCCCUUUUUUUAAGGAACUACAGCAAAAACAGUAGUGGAAAAGCCUCAACAUGACUGGAGUGCCCUGCUGUUUUUAAGGAUCUACUGCAAAAAUGCAAGUCAUAGAUUUUCUGAAUGUCAAGAGAAGUCUACCGUUAUUAAAAAUCUACUGCAAAAAACACUAGUCAAGGAUCAACCUCAAAAACCUUAGUCAAGGAUAUUCUAUACGGCUGUUGUUAUUUUUAGGGAUCGACUGAAAAUUUGCCACUCCAAAUACUCUUAAAGACGGUUGUGCUUUACGGUUUUUAAGAAUUGACUGCAAAAACAUCAGUCAAGAUCUCCUAUAGAACAGGAGUGCCCUGCUUUUAAAGAAUUACAGCAAAAACAGCAGUGGAAGAGCUUCAACUUGACUGGAGUGCCCUGCUGUUUUUAAGGAUCUACUGCAAAAAUGCAAGUCAUAGAUUCUCUGUAUGUCAAGAGAAGUCUACUGUUGUUAAAAAUCUACUGCAAAAAUUACAAGUCAAAGAUCAACCUCAAAAACCUUAGUCAAUGAUCUUGCAUUAGGUUUGUUAUUUUUAGGGAUUGACUGAAAACUUGCUAGUCCAAAUACUCUUAAAGACGGUUGUGCUUUGCGGUUUUUAAGAAUCGACUGCAAAAAUAUCAGUCAAGAUCUCCUAUAGAACAAGAGUGCCCUUUUUUUAAGGAACUACAGCAAAAACAGUAGUGGAAAAGCCUCAACAUGACUGGAGUGCCCUGCUGUUUUUAAGGAUCUACUGCAAAAAUGCAAGUCAUAGAUUUUCUGAAUGUCAAGAGAAGUCUACUGUUAUUAAAAAUCUACUGCAAAAAACACUAGUCAAGGAUCAACCUCAAAAACCUUAGUCAAGGAUAUUCUAUACGGCUGUUGUUAUUUUUAGGGAUCGACUGAAAAUUUGCCAGUCCAAAUACUCUUAAAGACGGUUGUGCUUUACGGUUUUUAAGAAUUGACUGCAAAAACAUCAGUCAAGAUCUCGUAUAGAACAGGAGUGCCCUGUUUUUGAAGAAUUACAGCAAAAACAGUGGUGGAAAAUCUAUAACAUGACUGGAGUGCCCUGCUGUUUUUAAGGAUCUACUGCAAAAAUGCAAGUCAUAGAUUUUUUGUAUGUCAAUAGUGUUAUACUAUAUCUACUGCAAAAACACUAGUCAAAGAUCAACCUCAAAAACCUUAAGUCAAUGAUCUUCUGUUGUUAUUUUUAGGGAUCGACUGAAAAUUUGCUAGUCCAAAUACUCUUAAAGACGGUUUUACUUUGCUGUUUUUAAGGACUAACUGCAAAAAUGUCAGCCAAGAUCUCCUAUAGGACAGGAGUGCCCUGUUUUUAAAGAACUACAGCAAAAACAGAAGUGGAAAAGCUUCAACAUGACUGGAGUGCCCUGCGGUUUUUAAGGAUCUAAUGCAAAAAUGUGUCAUAUAUUCUCUGUAUGUCAAUAGACGUCUAGUAUUAGAAAUGUAAUGCAAAAAGCACUAGUCAAAGAUCAACCUCAAAAACCUUAGUCAAUGAUCUUGACUUAGGUUUGUUAUUUUUAGGGAUCGACUGAAAAUUUGCUAGUCCAAAUACUCUUAAAGACGGUUGUGCUUUACGGUUUUUAAGAAUUGACUGCAAAAACAUCAGUCAAGAUCUCCUAUAGAACAGGAGUGCCCUGCUUUUAAAGAAUUACAGCAAAAACAGUAGUGGAAGAGCUUCAACUUGACUGGAGUGCCCUGCUGUUUUUAAGGAUCUACUGCAAAAAUGCAAGUCAUAGAUUCUCUGUAUGUCAAGAGAAGUCUACUGUUGUUAAAAAUCUACUGCAAAAAUUACAAGUCAAAGAUCAACCUCAAAAACCUUAGUCAAUGAUCUUGACUUAGGUUUGUUAUUUUUAGGGAUUGACUGAAAAUUUGCUAGUCCAAAUACUCUUAAAGACGGUUGUGCUUUGCGGUUUUUAAGAAUCGACUGCAAAAAUAUCAGUCAAGAUCUCCUAUAGAACAAGAGUGCCCUUUUUUUAAGGAACUACAGCAAAAACAGUAGUGGAAAAGCCUCAACAUGACUGGAGUGCCCUGCUGUUUUUAAGGAUCUACUGCAAAAAUGCAAGUCAUAGAUUUUCUGAAUGUCAAGAGAAGUCUACUGUUAUUAAAAAUCUACUGCAAAAAACACUAGUCAAGGAUCAACCUCAAAAACCUUAGUCAAGGAUAUUCUAUAUGGCUGUUGUUAUUUUUAGGGAUCGACAGAAAAUUUGCCACUCCAAAUACUCUUAAAGACGGUUGUGCUUUACGGUUUUUAAGAAUUGACUGCAAAAACAUCAGUCAAGAUCUCCUAUAGAACAGGAGUGCCCUGCUUUUAAAGAAUUACAGCAAAAACAGUAGUGGAAGAGCUUCAACUUGACUGGAGUGCCCUGCUGUUUUUAAGGAUCUACUGCUAAAAUGCAAGUCAUAGAUUCUCUGUAUGUCAAGAGAAGUCUACUGUUGUUAAAAAUCUACUGCAAAAAUUACAAGUCAAAGAUCAACCUCAAAAACCUUAGUCAAUGAUCUUGACUUAGGUUUGUUAUUUUUAGGGAUUGACUGAAAAUUUGCUAGUCCAAAUACUCUUAAAGACGGUUGUGCUUUGCGGUUUUUAAGAAUCGACUGCAAAAAUAUCAGUCAAGAUCUCCUAUAGAACAGGAGUGCCCUGUUUUUAAAGAAUUACAGCAAAAACAGUAGUGGAAAAUCUAUAACAUGACUGGAGUGCCCUGCUGUUUUUAAGGAUCUGCUGCAAAAAUGCAAGUCAUAGAUUCUCUGUAUGUCAAGAGAAGUCUACUGUUAUUAAAAAUCUACUGCAAAAAUUACAAGUCAAAGAUCAACCUCAAAAACCUUAGUCAAUGAUCUUGACUUAGGUUUGUUAUUUUUAGGGAUUGACUGAAAAUUUGCCAGUCCAAAUAUUCUUAAAGACGGUUGUGCUAGGAUGUUUUCAAGAAAUGACUGCAAAAAUGUCAGUUAAGAUCUCCUAUAGAACAAGAGUGCCCUUUUUUUAAGGAACUACAGCAAAAACAGUAGUGGAAAAGCCUCAACAUGACUGGAGUGCCCUGCUGUUUUUAAGGAUCUACUGCAAAAAUGCAAGUCAUAGAUUUUCUGAAUGUCAAGAUAAGUCUACUGUUAUUAAAAAUCGACUGCAAAAAACACUAGUCAAUUAUCAACCUCAAAAACCUUAGUCAAGGAUAUUCUAUACGGCUGUUGUUAUUUUUAGGGAUCGACUGAAAAUUUGCCAGUCCAAAUACUCUUAAAGACGGUUGUGCUUUACGGUUUUUAAGAAUUGACUGCAAAAACAUCAGUCAAGAUCUCGUAUAGAACAGGAGUGCCCUGUUUUUGAAGAAUUACAGCAAAAACAGUGGUGGAAAAUCUAUAACAUGACUGGAGUGCCCUGCUGUUUUUAAGGAUCUACUGCAAAAAUGCAAGUCAUAGAUUUUUUGUAUGUCAAUAGUGUUAUACUAUAUCUACUGCAAAAACACUAGUCAAAGAUCAACCUCAAAAACCUUAAGUCAAUGAUCUUCUGUUGUUAUUUUUAGGGAUCGACUGAAAAUUUGCUAGUCCAAAUACUCUUAAAGACGGUUUUACUUUGCUGUUUUUAAGGACUAACUGCAAAAAUGUCAGCCAAGAUCUCCUAUAGGACAGGAGUGCCCUGUUUUUAAAGAACUACAGCAAAAACAGAAGUGGAAAAGCUUCAACAUGACUGGAGUGCCCUGCGGUUUUUAAGGAUCUAAUGCAAAAAUGUGUCAUAUAUUCUCUGUAUGUCAAUAGACGUCUAGUAUUAGAAAUGUAAUGCAAAAAGCACUAGUCAAAGAUCAACCUCAAAAACCUUAGUCAAUGAUCUUGACUUAGGUUUGUUAUUUUUAGGGAUCGACUGAAAAUUUGCUAGUCCAAAUACUCUUAAAGACGGCUGUGCUUUGCUGUUUUUAAGAAUUGACUCCAAACAUGUCAGUCAAGAUCCCCUACAGGACAGAAGUGCCCUGCUGUUUUUAAAGAACUACAGCAAAAACAGUAGUGGAAAAGCUUCAUUAUGACUGGAUUGCCCUGCUGUUUUUAGGAUCAGCUGAAAAAAACGCUAGUUGAAAGCCUCAAACUGUACGUUUCCUUUUUCUUCCAGUCAAACAAUAUUUUCGGUAUACUGGAUGGAAUUUUCAAAAUAUUGUCUGACUGGCAGAAAAUUGAACAGUAUAUGAACGUGAAGUUAUAAAGAACCUUUUUGAGCAUCCGCAAUAUGACCGCAGUAUCCUGCUGUUGUUAAGAAUCCACAGCAAAAAUGCCAGUCAAAGAUCCUCAGAAGCACUCAGCAUUGCAGACAAGUCAAAGAUCCUGUAUAUUACUGUGGUGCUCUGCUGUUUUUAUAAAGAUGAAUACUGCAAAAUGAAGUAGCCUGCUAGCUAACAAACACUUUUAUUUCCACUUCUGCUUGGCGGAGGUCAGUUAGUGUUGGACAACUUCAAGAGUGUCAACAAACCACGACGAAAAAUAACCCUGCAUUGAUCUUUAAGGCUCGUCAUCUCAAAUGUCAUUCACUCAACAAUUGUCAAGAAUGCGCAUCUGGGACAAUAAUCCAACAGGAGUCGGAUGCACACUUGACUCCACGGGUAUAAUUUGCAUCAAAUCUGAUACAGCGAGCAAACAGUCGGCUGACACUGCCUAAUCACAGGGGUCCCACAACUUUUUAACCUGUGGGGGCUGCAUUGGGUUAAAGGAAUUUGGCCAUUUAUACACACACACACAUACAUAUAUAUAUAUAUGUGUGUGUGUAUGUAUGUGUAUACGUACAUAAAUAUAUUAUAUAUAUAUAUACACAUAUAUAUACAUAUGUAUAUAUACAUAAAUAUAUACAUACACAUAUACACUUAUAUAUAUAUAUAUAUAUAUAUAUAUAUAUAUAUAUACACACACACACAUA